AUGGACAAUGAUAGCAAUGCGUGGAAUGAUGACGACAAUAUCGAGGAGAAUGACACGAGUGAGGAGGGCUCUAGUAGUAACGCGUCAAGUACAAUUGAUUUUGAUACGUGGGCGGAAUGGUACGCAUGGUCUAGCCGUAACGAUGGUACGGAAGAAGCGGUUCUUCUUUUGGGCAUGUUGAUGGAGGAGCAGCAAUUCCAUGCCCAACGUCGUAUGCCCAGGCCACAACAUAACAUUGGCUUGCGUGGUUAUCAGUACAUCAUCGCAGUACUUAAUGGACAUCCUGACACCUGUUAUGAGAUGUUCCGAAUGGAGGUAUAUGCAUUCCGGUGUUUAUGUGAUCGUUUACGUAGCGAUGCUAUGUUGCGUGAUUCGUCACGAGAGGUCACGGUUGAGGAAGCCUUAGGAAUAUUUUGUUACACUGUCAGACAUGGUGUCGUUCAACGGAAUGCAGCUAAUUUGUUUCAACAUUCGGUUGAAACUAUAAAUCGACAUGUGUACAACGUAAUGCGUGCAUUAUGUCGCCUAUCGCGCCGUGUGAUUAAACGGAGCCAGACAACUGGGGUGAUGCCUUAUAUUGAAGGAAAUCCAAGACUUUAUCCAUGGUUCGAGGUUAUUAUUAUCUAGUAGAUUCAGCAUUUCCCUGUACCGAAGGAUUUAUGCCACCAUAUCCGAGGGUAAGGUACCAUAGAUCUGAACGAAGAGGCUCUCGUACCUUCCAAGGAUAUAAAGAUCUGUUUAAUUAUCGGCAUUCAUCCCUUCGGAAUGUCAUUGAACGAACUUUCGGUGUGUUGAAGAAGCGUUUUCGAAUUUUAAAUUUAAUGCCCCCAUACCUUCUAA